AUGGCCAUCUCUUGCCGGGCCACAUUCACCUUCGUCACAAUUUUCCUGCUAUUUUCGUCAGUCUCGACAUCGCCUUUCGACGGUGUGCAGCCGGAGAAGCAAACAGUCCUGAGUCCAAAUAGCGACUGCCUCAACAUUACCACUUUCACACCUGACUGGUUCCUGCAAAACACCAAACAAUCUUUCCGUCGAGAGUUCAUAGACAAAGCCGUCUUCUACACCCGCGGCGCAGGCGAACGAGCGAGGAAGCUAGCCUGCUCAGACCCUUGGAAGUAUGUCACAAUCUGGGACAUCUGGCCAUCAGAGCUCUACGACUCUUCCAAUCACGUCUCGAACAAGCUAAGAUGCAUUCACAACUCGAAAAAUACUCAAAGGAACUUCUUUGAAAACAUGUCUUCGGCCUACGCACAAAUGGCGAGGUCGCACGCCUAUGUCAUGCACACUUUGUCUGACUUUGCAAGCCCGCCCAUGGAAGGUAUUUGGGGAAGGAUCGAGUUGGAUGUCUUGACGCAGAGGACCGAUGUCAGUGAGUUGUGGAAGCAAAGCGACGACCAGAGCCUGAAGGAGACCAUCGAGAUCUCGAGAAAGCCGGCAAAGCAUGUUCUCGUUAGUGCCAUGGAAAGGGUGGGCGAGCUUUGGGGCCAGGCGAUGGGCGACGGCCAGAAGCUGAGAGGAAGAAGCUUGGAGGAGGAGGAGGAGGAGGAGGAGACUGCGAGCUGUAGACUCUGGGACGCGAAAGUGAUGAAAGAGCUGGAUGCCCUCUUCUGA